AUGAAGUCAUUUCAAAAGGCCAUCCAAGAGGCAAUCGGACACGCAGGCACAAUUAAGGGCAAGAUCUCCAAGACAAUACUAGAGAUCAGAGACAUCGAUGGACUUACGACGAAGGAAGAGGUCAACAGUGCUAUCACAGCCGCAACAGGCUGCGGCAAAGAAGAUGCCAAAGUCCAUCUGUUUGAGCCAAACACGAGAGAGCAGAGGAUGGCAGUGGUCGAAUUGGACCAGACCAAGGCCACCGCACUGCUCAAAAAGGGAAAGAUUCGCAUCGGCUGGGUAAACUGCCGAGUGCGGGUGCGAGCCAGCGUCACACGAUGCUACCGUUGCGUUGGCUACGGGCACGUGAAAGCCAAAUGCAAAGGGACUGACAGGAGCACUAGCUGUUGGAAGUGUGGUGCAGGUGGACAUAGAGCGGCGGCAUGCAAUGUGCCGACCCAACAGAUAAAGUGUUUUCUUUGCAAAGACGACAAGACGCCUGAGGAUAGGACGAUGCACACUCCAGGCACCGGAGCGAGCGCAGUCUUCCGGACGGCCCUUAACGCAAGCAAGAUCCAAAGAUAA